AUGUUCCGCUCCGCCACCCGCUCGCUCGUCGCCCCGGUCGCCCGCCGUGCCGUCCUCUCGCCCGCGUGCGUUGCCCCGGUGCGGUUCGCCCCCUCGCUCCUCGUGCAGCAGCGCACCUACGCCGCGUCGGCCCUCGCCCCCGAGACCAUCAAGCACCGCAUCGAGGACGUCCUCAAGUCGUUCGAGAAGGUCGACGCCUCAAAGGUCGCCCCGACCGCGUCCUUCACCAACGACCUCGGCCUCGACUCGCUCGACGCCGUCGAGGUGGUCAUGGCCAUCGAGGAGGAGUUCGCCAUCGAGAUCCCCGACGAGGACGCCGACCGCAUCACCACCGUCGGCGAGGCGAUCGACUACAUCACCAAGUCCCCCGAGGCGCGCUAA